AUGCGAGGAGGCCCGCCAAGCCGUGGAGGUCGAGGUGGAGCUCCCAGAGGGGGAGGAGCGUCCAGAGGUGGUCGAGGAGCACGAGGCGGUGGAGGGUUUGGAAGGGGAGGAGCCCCAAAGGGAAUCGGAAGAGGAGGGGCUAGAGGUGGAAGAGGAGGCGGUGGACGUGGUGGAAGAGGAGGCGGACCAGGCGGUCCACCGAAGGUCGUCGUGACUCCUCAUCGUCAUGAAGGUGUUUUCACAGCUCGUGGUGGUAAAGUUGACUCUCUGGUCACCAAAAAUAUGGUCGUGGGCGAAAGUGUUUACGGCGAGAAACGCUUGGAAAUUGUUGACGAAGCGGGGGAAAAGAUUGAAUACCGAAUUUGGAAUCCGUUCAGAUCUAAACUAGGAGCUACAAUUCUUGGUGGUGUCAAGAAUAUGCCUAUUAAGCCUGGAGCCAAAGUCUUGUACUUAGGAGCAGCAAAUGGAACAACCGUUUCUCAUGUUUCUGACAUGGUUGGCCCAGAUGGUAUGGUGUAUGCAGUUGAGUUCUCGCACCGUUCUGGGAGAGAUUUAACAAACAUGGCCAAAAAAAGAUCAAAUAUCGUCCCCAUUGUUGAAGACGCCCGGCAGCCGCUCAAAUAUAGGAUGCUCGUCGGAAUGGUGGAUGCAAUUUUCUCAGAUGUGGCGCAACCCGAUCAAUCGCGUAUUGUUGGUCUCAAUGCUCAUCACUUUUUGAAGAAUGGUGGAUGGGUUGUUAUCUCGAUUAAAGCAAAUUGUGUUGAUUCAACAGCAAAACCAGAAGUCGUUUAUGCGGCUGAAAUUCAAGUUUUACGGGAACUAGGAUGCAAACCAAAGGAGCAGCUGACGUUAGAACCUUACCAUCGAGAUCAUGCAGUUGUCAUCGGACAAUAUCGUGCGAAAAAAUCUUCGUAA